AUGGUUGUUCAUUCGAGGGCACAAAUUAGAAAGUUCUUGUGUGCAGUAUCCGAUUUGAUAAAGACCGAGUGUAGGAAUGCUAUGCUCUUAGGGGUUAUGGAUAUAUCCAGAAUAAUGACCCAUGCUCAGCAUAUUGACGGAGAUAAGGUUAUGGAAAUGGCUAAGGACAACAAAAAGGCUAGAACAGGAAAUUGUAACAAGAAUUUCCCAACCUGUCCAAAGUGUGGUAAGAACCAUCCCCGUGAGUGUCUUGUAGACAGGGAAGGGUGCUUUGGGUGUGGUCAGUAUGGCCAUAGGUUGAAGGAUUUUCCUUCUCCCAGGCUGGGGAAAAGUGGUAAAAACAAUAGGGCUAAGUCUACAGCUCCAGCAGCACCCGUAGGUCGCCCUACUCAGCAGGGAUCUUAG